AUGAAUGUUCCCAAGGAUUGGGUGACGAGUCCAUUUCGGUGGCUUUACAGGGUCAUCCUCGCGCUGGACGCCAACUUUCGGCUGUCGAAUAAGCUCACAAAGUCGACAAAGGAGACUGAUCCUAAUCUCACGGAUGGUAGGGCUUAUAUGGCGCCGUGGGACGACUAUGCACUGCAUACCAAAGAUACAGCUAAUGAAGUAGCCCAAAAGUCGACAUGCUCGAAGUUUGCGGCGCUCGAGAUGGCGGACACACGAGGCAGUAAACGGCAACGAUCCACUGGCGUAGCUGGUUGUGUCUGUGCACGCCAUGGGUUCGUACAAACUCUUGGCAUUGCUCCAUUGAUUAAGGGUGAACGGCAAGAGAGUAUGGAUUGGGUGUUCUGCGGCGCUCUGGCCCACAUUCGCGCUCCUGAGGUCACGCUGUCAUACGACGUCGUGUGUCAAUAUUGCGUGAAUCUUGGAGGCCGCCUAGCGCGGAUCCGUCCCACGAGCGUCAUAUGGGCUGGUGCGCAGAGCUUCGCAAAGCUCUCCACGGUUGGACACAUUUCCUAUGUGGUUCCCAAGUUCCAUCUCUACGCACACAAGUUCUGGUGCCAGAUCCGAUAUGCGUUUGGUCUCCUGUUCGGUACUGCAAUUACCGACGGCGAGGAAAUUGAACGUCUGUGGUCAGGCAUUAAAGCAGCUGCGCCUAGUCUGCGGGAGAUGGGACCCGGUGCAAACAAUGAUACGAUGGACGACAUAUUUGGCGCUUGGAAUUGGAUGAAGACUUGUACCAUUGGCUUAUAUCUGCGCGGCAAGAUGGAUCGUGCUCUGGACGAAGGUACCGAGCAAACCGUAAUCCACACGGGGUUCGACGAGGCAAUGCGAGCGGAUCAUCCGGAAGAAGUUACUCGGACACAGGCGCGCAUCGCGACGUGGGGCGCAUCGGUGAAGACGGAGAUGUCUGAUGAAGAUUGCCCAUAUUACACUCCAGGGCGCGAGUUAUCAGUACCGGAGAUCAUGUCUCAAACAGAUGGCGGUCCGGCUGUCGUCGUCGAUAUGACGGUGCAUGUUGAGUCGCCGGACGAUGUCGCACUAGCCCAGUGCCUUGAGCGGGGCAUGAAGAUCGAGGACGAAAGGCAACGUGUAACUCAGAAGAUUGACGUCGAAACUGAGCUGGGUAAACCCCAGACCAAGGUACUGGACGCGUUAGUGAACUCCAUCCUGAUCUUCCGCGCCGAACAGGAGUUCAUUAUGCCGACAACCUAUGCCGCUCUUACCGCGGAGGAAUGCGACCCUAGCCGCAAGACGGCGAUGACGGUCCAACUUGGCAUGCCUUCCGCACCCCCGGAUGGUGAUACAACGGUCGUUUCCGAGGAUGCAAAGACGAUGGAGGCAAAGCUACGAUGGGAGGCGAUGAAGAAUGAGCUCAACAAUCUCAUGCAUCACUUGCGCCUGAAAGGUUGUCUUUACAGACACAGGAAAAACAACUCCUCCGGGCAACAAGCGGCCACACGUUCCUUGACCACCCAGGUCGCGGUGCACGCCAACAUCGAGAAGGCUGCGAGUGCGUAUAGACGUCAUCGUGAAGCUUAUCUCGCACUAGAAGGCGGAGGAUCCUGGGAAACAACUAUGCGCAAGCUGGCCGAUUCUGAUUGUCGACCUCUGAGCGACAAACUUGUCGAGCAGAUGGAAAAGGCGUCAGAGAAGAACAUAAAGACAUUUCUUGAGAAGAGGCGUAAAGCGGGUCUGUCCGGCAAGACUGAUCACAAGGUGCCCUGGAUCUGGUAUAAUACGACUAUCAAGUCUGGUUCUGAGUUCGUCGACGGUUCGUACUGUCGUUGGAGCGCAGUCGGUCAUUUGACUUAUCUCUCCCCAGAGUUGAUGACGGAAUGGGCGAAGUCACUCGCGCGGGCACAACACUGGUUGCAGGAAGUACGCCUAGUUGACGCCGAGAUGCAGCGCGUUAUCGACUUUAAUGAGUCCAUGGCCUCGAUAUGGGAUGUCCGCCGUGAUUGUGAGGUGACCAUCGAUGUGGGAGAGGAGCAGAGCUGGGCCAGUGACGCUGGGUGGGUAGACGGCAAGAGGGCAUAUGCAUUAAAACAGGCACAUAUCCGUAGAUCCCAGGCGGAAAAUUGGCGCAAGGAGUUCGCAACUCUGAGGGCGGAAGCGAGGAGAUUUCUACUCGUGCACACCGAGGAGGGCAUUGCGCUCGAUCCAUCGACACUGCUAUCAGCCGAGGAAGUGGAGGAUAUGGAACGUCGCGCGAAGAUCAGGCACGAGCGGCGGACGAAGACGAGGCGCGAGAAGGAUGGUCAGGCCGCGCCGGAUCUGGACUACGAUUCUGACGAAGAACUCCCCCCAUACGAGCCCUUCGAGGAGGAUUCGGACGCGGGUGAAGAUCACUCUUCGACUGGAGGGUUAAAACGGCCCGCCGCCUCAGGGAAAGGGGCCGCGGUGCGUAAACCGACGAAAACCAAAAAGUCGGGGGGUCGCGGCGGUAAAGGUGCACGGAAGACGAGGCGAGGCGCACCUUAG